GUUUCGCCCUCAGAUCCCUUACGUGCGUUGUAGGCACUCGAUUUUGAUCGAGAAGCCCCGCAUUAAUUGCUGGUCCCGGCUGCUUUCCCAGUGAACCCUAAGGAAACUGCAAUACAUGGGUCGCCGUUGACCGCCGAGCUGCUUAAAGAUUCUUAUUUUAGUAUUUGUUUGUCAGUUUAUUCUCUUUCUUUAUAUUUUUUUUAUGGAGGGAAGUAGAAGAAGAUUCAGGGGAGCCGGUAGAGAUCGGUAUCUUUUUUGCAGAAUUGGGUGACAUUGGAUUUUUCUUUGUCCUUCUUCUUCCUUACAUGGAAGGUGAUGGAUCCGCUUUUUCCAAGCUUGUAAAAAGGGGAAAGCGUGGGGCAAGACUGCAUCUUGAAUCGGUUAUGGCAAGGCAGAUAGUAGGGCAGAGGAAAGAUUGUGGAGUAAAAUUCUUUGCAACCAAAGAUUUCAUCUUUGUCGGUCUUUUUUCUUCGUUUGGGUUGUGAUAAUUUAAGAAAAAGACCCAAAACACGACAAAGGCUGUUCUUCUCUCGACGCAAAGUGCACUAGUAAUGCAUUGGAAGUUGGGAGGUAAAGGAAACUAGAACUCGACAGCUCUCUGCUAGCACUGAGUGCUCUGUGUCAGAAACCAUGUGCUUGUUUGCAGUGUAGAUUUUUUGCUACUGCUGAGCUCUGGGGCUACUGUGAAAAGGGGAAAAACUAAAAGCGAUGCAUUGAUUGAUUUUUACACCGGUGGCAGGCCAACCGGCAAGGCGAAAGAUCUGUUUACGACCUUGAAUUUUUGGAUAAAGAGGACUGCUGUGGAACGAGAAGAACACAAACUUGGUUGCAGAGGGAUUCCACUACUCUUUCUUCUGAAGCAGAGGAUUGAAAUUUUGGACCUUUUCUGCAAGUGUUUGUUUCGGGAUGGAUUGGACCUUGAAGACACCUUUACAUUGGGACUGGGAAACCUUGACCCUGUUCAGCAAAAAAGAUGCUGAAAUUUCUAAAUCCGCACACCAGCCUGACUGGAAAUUUGCUGGUGGGCGUGGGAUUCACCAUGCAAAUGGAAAUGGGUCUGUAAAUUCGUCUGAUGCUGGUGCCUUCUCUGGUUCAGAAUUUGGUUAUGGUUCAUCUAGAAGCUCCAUCUCAGUAUCUGUUGGUUCUACAUCAAAGGACAUAAGCAGAACUCCACAGUUCAACUUUGACUCUGUGGAACAAUCUCCUGAGAACCUGAAGAAGAACAAAGAUUUAGCCAGGGUGGAAACUGGAAUUAUGCAUAGGGUAGUGGCCUCAGAUGGCCCUGAGAAACCUCUUAUUUGUCUGAAGCUUGGUAAGAGGACACACUUAAAAGAUGUUUCUGAAGGGAAUAACAAUAAGAACCCGUCUUCUUUGUCUUCUACGAAUUUAUCCACUGGUUUAAUUAAAAAACCAAAGGUGUCACAGCAGCACAUGCAGAACUCAUAUUGUCAAGUUGAAGGUUGCAAUGUUGACCUGACCUCAGCCAAAGAUUAUCAUAGGAAGCACAAAGUCUGCGAAAGCCAUUCAAAGUCUCCUGAGGUUAUUGUUUCUGGUCAGGAGCGCAGGUUCUGUCAACAGUGUAGCAGGUUUCAUGUUUUGUCCGAGUUUGAUCAAAAAAAGCGAAGCUGUCGAAGACGCUUAUCUGACCACAAUGCACGUCGACGCAAACCCCAUCCCGAGACAAUCCCAUUCACUUCUUCAAUGUUUCCUGCAUCAUAUUAUGGUGGUAGACAACAGACAAAUCUUAUUUUUGGUCAAGAUCCUUUUGGUCAAGUGAAAAACAUGGUUAGUUCCAAAUGGGAUGAUUCGGGUGGCUUCAAACUUAUUCCAACUAAAUUGUCUUGGGUAAAUUCUAGUGAACCAGGAAGUGUUGAUGCACAUUUGCAUUUACAAUACAAUGACAUAUCAAACAAAAUUUCCACCAGUGGCCAUGAUAUGGACAGGCUCUUGGCAUUUAGGGCCAUGACUGGCAAGGCCCCCAACAAAGGUCUGGGAGCACCUGUUGAUGCUUCUUACUCGGAUGGAGCAUCGGAUCUUCGGCGUGCUCUCUCUCUUCUGUCAGCUGAAUCCUGGGUUCCAUCUAAUCCGGAACCUGUUUCUGAUUUCCAGUUUACGAAUGCAAGAACUCUCGCAUCUCAUUCUGCUACCUAUCCGACCAACACAACAACCGGAAUUCAGCAACAAGAUGAGCUGCCCCCGGCCAAACCGUACCCACUUAACCUGCAAAGCAACGGCAGCCAAUUCCCAGAGUUUCAACUGCACAAGACUACCUUCUGAGACCCAUUUUUUUUGGCUCAACUCAUAUACACUAACAUGUCAUGUUAAUGGCCAUUUCAAGAAUAUGUUUCUUGAUUCUUGUAUUAGCUUUCUCUGAUGUGGGAAACCUCUUCCCCCCCUUGUGGGUCUGUGUGACUCCAUUUUGUUUCGGUCGUACUGUUUGAUUUUUGAUCAGUCCUCUGUCCUGGAAAUCUUUAAAUGACUGCCUCCAUCCUCUUCGCUGAUGUAAUGUUCAUUGGCACAGUGAACAAAAUUUUGCACUAUCUACAUGGAUAUAUGAAUCUCAUGAGUAA